AGAGGUUACGCUUAUUAAUUUAACUUUUAUUACUUCGGAAUCUGAUAAUUCUAAUUUAUUUCCAUUGUUAUGCUGGAGAUCGUCGCGGUCGCCUUCUGCGCACAAUGGACUCUGUACGUCGUGUGGCGCGCUUCCGCUGCACCGACGACGCCUUCCACUACCGUAAUGGAUUUCAUAUACAAAGAUGAAGGAGAUUACUACAAUCCUAAUGAAGGUUACGAGCCGUAUUGGCCGGACGGGGAAUGGGUGUUCGAGCUGCCUAGGGAUAGGGACUUGAACGCCUCCACCACCAAGUGGCCGCUGGUGUGUGGUGAAGAAUGCAUCUAUCUUUAUACCAGGAUCGGCAAGGUUUGUGGGCACGUGUCCGAUGACGUCACGUACUAUGGCUGCACCGCGUCCUUCUGCUCCGGCUGGUACGUGGACGACCUCACCGGCGGCUUCAAGACUUUCGACACUUACUGCAACUUCCUGGACGUGCAGUGCAGGAACAAGUUCCAUUCCAGUAACUGCCUCAUACAUUUUAAUACUAACAUUGGUCUUGUACUUACAUGCGCCAAUAUGAGCUCGAGUCUUAUACACUUUUGGCUGAUUUUCGUCCACGUGGGUGAGUGUCUGGCGCAACAAGACCUGUGGUACAAGCCGAUGUUCACCGACAGUCAGCCAGUCAGCAGGUUCAAGAGUUACAUGUCAUCGCUGUCGUCAGUGUUUGCCAAUAUCACCGCCACACCUUUUGGAUGA